AUGACAAAAACUACGCUGUAUAACGUGCUCGUCGGCAUGACGGUGGCUGUUGGAAGCUUCACGUAUGGAUUCGGUUUUGCCUCAUUCGCCACUAGUAUCGGCCAGCCGGGCUUCUUCCGAUACUUCAACCUCGAGCCCAACGGAGCAUAUGCAAAUCACAUCAUCGGCGCGGUCAAUGCCCUAUUCUUCUUUGGGGCCGUGGUCGGCGGCCUGACGGCCGGGCCCGUUGCUGAUCACUGGGGCCGGCGUAUUGCCCUCAUCUCGGCCGCCUUGCUCUCUGUCAUCGGAGGAGCUCUGACGGCCGGUAGUGUGCACGUUGCCAUGCUCAUCAUUGUCCGCGUGUUGCAGGGUGCCGGGCUCGGUGCCUUGGCAACACUCACUCCCAUUUACCUCGCCGAGGCCUCGACGCCAUCGAAGCGCGGCAUGCUCACAGGCCUGCACGGCUUCUUCAUGGUGAGCGGGUACAAUAUCUCUGCUUGGGUGGGCUACGGCGCGUCGUAUUCGACCAACCUAACCUUUGGAUGGCGCGGGCCUUUGGCUUUUACCUGUGUUCCUGCGUUGGUGCUCCUGAUCGGCUGCAUUUGGGUACCCGAGUCGCCUCGUUGGCUGCUCAUGAAAGGCCGCAACGAUCAAGCUUGGACGGUGCUCAGCCGCUUGCACAGUGACGCGAGUGACCCCGAUCAGUUGGCGACAAACGAGGAGUUUUACCAAAUGCGCAAGCAGAUCGAGCUGGAGAGGACCAACCCUGGCGGCUAUUGGACCAUCCUGACCACUCCCUCGUACGCUAAACGCGCGUUUCUCUCGUGCUUUGUGCAGUAUGCUGCCAACGCUAGUGGUGGCCUGGUGAUCAACUACUACAGUGUCAUCAUCUACGGGAAUCUGGGGAUGACUGGCCAUAUGCCGCUACUACUCUACGCGUUUUACACCUUGGUUGGUGCCAUUGGCAACUUGGGGUCUCUGCUUACGCUCGAUUGGACUGGGCGUCGAUUUGUGAGAUAUCCCCUUGCAAUCGGUUCCUGCUUUGUAGAUGUGUUACUCACGCUGUUAAACCAGGCGCUUCUGACAGGCUUCAUUGGAUGUCUGGUCGCGCUGAUCAUCGAGACGGCCAUGAUUGCCGAGUUCGUCGUCAAGGACAGUGCCGCAUCGGUGGCCGGGCAGAAAGCAGCCAUCUUUGCCAUCUUCCUCUUCGUGUUCGCGUACGGGUUCUUCAUCGACGCCGCCUCCUUCGUGUACAGCAGCGAGAUUUACCCGACGAAUAUCCGCUCGCGCGGCGUCGCUCUCAGCACCGCCACGUACUUUACCGCCUGCAUCACCUUUGUGACUCCAGGGGCGACGGCCAUCGCCAACAUUAGCUGGAGGUACUUCUUGGUUUUUGCUUGCCUGACUACGGUGACCAUCAUAGUCAUCUACUUCUUCUUCCCGGAGACCAAGGGCAAGUCGCUGGAGGAACUGGCCGAGAUCUUUGGCGAUGAGGUUAUCGUGCAUCUUACCGACGCGACCGAGGCCGAACGGCAGGAGAUAGACAUGAAGAUGCGCAAGGAGAAAGCCGCUCUUGAACAUGUCGAAGGCACGGCCUAG